AUGGAAGAUGAUGCCGUUAAGUCUGAGCCUGAAGCUCCCCAGGAUCAACAACAAUCUCCUAGCCGCCCUAGGCACAAACGCGUGAACACUGAUGAGACGGAGCGACCCGCUUCAGCACAGCAAAGUCGUGAUGACACCCAAGAGCACGCUGGUGCCGAAACCGAAGAGAACAUCUCGGACGACGAUGAGGAGGCCGAUCCUGCAGUGCAGAUCGCCAAUUUCGACUGGGAUGACCUGCAUCGGAGAUACCACGCUGCCAUCAAGGAAUGUAGCCAAGAAGAGCAGGAGCUGAUGCAGGAGUGGAGGAGUCUGAUGGAGUAUUUCGCCAUCUGGGCAAACUCAGGGCACGAGCACGAGACCGAUCGCACAUUUAGAAGACUCCAGACGAGAACGAUGUAUGUCAAGAACGAAGAGAACAAGCUCGAAGAAACGAGAAACCACUAUAUCAGCGUGGUGAGAGCAUUCGAAAGUGCGCUCAAUCUACUGAGGCGGAAUGUCGCGUUCCGUGGUUGA